UUCUUGUUUAUAAGAAAACAUUAUCACAAUCAAAUUUUCUUUUACAAAGCGCGAUUGUUGUAUAUGCUGCAUCAUUUUUUUCUUGUUGGCGGUGAAAAUGGAUACUUGAUUGCAUAAAUUUCCUAUUGAAGAUAUUUACAGCACAUGGUAAGUACUAUGCAGUGCAUUUUUUUGGUAAAAAUGUGCAUUUGUUCUGUCCUGAUAUGACCAAAACAUUGAUUGAAAUUUUGGGUUACUAGUUGUAGGUUUUCGUGGAAACUAGUGAUAUUUCAUGGCAUUAGGAAAAUGGGGUCCCAUACUCCCACACUCCAACGUCUUUUCAUGGCGAUUUUUUUUUGGGUUUCAUAGCUUUUGAAGGGUUUUUAAUGGUUCAUUUUUUCAAAAUAAGUCCUGGUUUGACUGAGAGCCCUUGGGAUCCACAUGGGCCAAGUAGUGAUUACACUGUUUCUCCUAACUUGAACUGGUUGUUGAUCCACUGGAUUUAUUUGUUUUAUGUUUUGUCUCAUGUUAAAUAUCUAUGACUUUUGGUCUAGAUGUCCCCACUGAAGUUACAGUGUUUGGUUUAGUACAUACAAUUUAGCAGAAACGAACAAUAAUGAUUCAGUUUAAUUCUAUCUUUAUCAUUUGUUUUUUCUCUUUGAUGUUUUUGUCUUCAAACGAUUUUCAUGAGUGAAGAUAUAGAUUGAUUCAUGCCUUUAAGUAACAGACGUUUUUCAUUUUCCUCUAUGCAUUUUGAAGUCUGAAACUAACCCUUCUUUUCUGAAUGAACAGAAUUUUGAUGAACCGAAAUUGAAGCUUCAAUACGUUACAAUUGAGCUAGAGUCCGUCAAAAUGGAAGCAAAUGAGCAAAUAAGGAAAUACAGUGAGGUGGAGAAGCAUUUGCUCAAUCUUCUAAAGCUUGCCUACCAGGAAAGAGAUGAAGCAAGAGAUCAAUUGCACAAGCUACUUAACAAGUUAAUGCCUUGUAGUCCGACUGAACUGGAACCAAUCCUCCCUGAUCCCCAAUCUGAAAGUCUCCUUAUGAUUGCUGCAGCAAAAGCAAACUCAAGCAUUACUGAAUCUAACAGUUUAUCAGAUACAUAUAAUCACCAGUCACAUGGCUCUUCCCCAGUAGAUUCCUUCUUUGAUGCAGUCACUUCACCAGAUUUUUCAAGCAUUAACAUGGCUGGUUCAGGCAGCGUGGGAUUUGUGAAUCAGCCCUAUGUUCAAGAGUAUAACGGUUCCGUGUCAACUGGAUUGGUCUCUUCAAGGGUGACCAAGAUUGAUCCUGCUACAACUGUGAUUGAUAAUCUUGCAAAGGGGAAAACUUUGCCUGAAAAAGGAAAGCUUUUGCAAACUGUUAUGGAAGCAGGCCCUCUUCUUCAGACACUUCUUGUUGCUGGGCCUCUUCCUCGAUGGAGAAAUCCUCCUCCUUCACAAACUUUCAAAAUCCCCCCUGUUUCCAUCGAAAGUUGUGAUUCUAAAAGUGCUAACCAAAAACCAGCUGCCAAUCCAACCAGAACUAUUGUUCAAAAACGAUUGAACUCAUCACCAUACCCUGAAAUGUAUCAUGGGUCUCGUCAAAUGUGUUCAUCAGCUAUGUUGAAUUUUGCAAGUUCUGCUUCUGCUUCAGGGUUGAGCAAUUCACAGCUGUUGACUACAGCUGCCACUGUUGUUAACACUCAAAUCACAGCUGGAAAGCGCCAAAGGUUUCAAUGAGUUAAAAAAACAAGCUUUGCUUCAUUUUUGUAAAGAUUAAACGUGAGGGUGUGAUGAUGUAAACUGGAUAGGCAUUUUUCUGGGGCUUAUGAAUGAUAUAUCAUAGAUGUGCAACACAAUUAUGAAAAAUCAUGACAGGAUUUUUUCCCCCUUCCACAUAUACCUCUUAUAUUAAUUUUCUUUUGAAUAAAAAAAAUUGAAUUUGUUUUCUUGCCUUGCAUCUUUAUUAUGAACAAUAUAGGCUUAGUCUUUCCUGAAAACCAGGCUGCAGAUGCCAUUAGCACGAUGCUAGAGAAUGCUAGUGCCUAAUGCCAUUGGAAGAAACCUGUUAGUGAUUGAGUGGGCUUAAAUACUCAACUGAACAAAAAUGGAAGAACUAUGAUGGAAAAUAUAUCAAGGGAAAAUGGAGUCCUGCUUGACUACAAGAUGUUCAUGAGUUACUAAAGGCCACAAAAUGAAGCCAAGACAGACUUGGAGAAUAAGGUAAUGAGAAAUUCACAAUUGAGUCUCAUUGAAGAAGAAACUAAUAGUCACUGAAAGACUGAAAAUGAAAGGGUUGGAAUGGAAGGUGAUUUGAUACAGCACCUUGUCUCUGGAUGGUGGCGGAAGCCUUUACUUCCACUAUUAACCCUUUCAGACUUCAAUUGCAGGAAAUAAGGGCAACUUUCCACCUUGCUCAUCUAGUCCCAUCUAAACUCGGAAGAAGCAUAUUCAAAGA